CAGAACUUAAAAAGAUGGUGCCAGAUCUUAGCCGGGACGUUCUGCCCUCCACCGAGAAUGGUCAGAGGCGUAACGUCAGAAGUCGGCCUAUUUAAAUGAAAGCGACGCACGGAAGCAGGCGAACCUCAUCGACGAACGACUCCAACGCUUUGUCUGAAGUUGUGCAUUUUUAUCCUGGCGAUGAAGUUUGUCACGCUCUUCCUGGUGUUGUCGCUGGUGAUGCUCAUGGCUGAGCCUGGCGAUUGCUUCUUUAGAAGCAUCUGGAAAGGCGUCAAGCAUGGAUUCAGAGCAGGGCGCAUGGCAUAUAAAGCACACCGAGCACAAAAGAGGAUGGACUGGGCGAACCAACAACACAACCAGUACCCGCCCCCACAGCAGCAAUACAUGCCGAUCAUCGUCGAGGAUUGAACCCGAUAUGCAAGCUGUGGAUUCGGCGCAGAAAACGAAGCUUCAUAAAAGCUUCACGGCAAAUAGUUUAGCUCAACGCUUGACGCCGUUUGAAAAGCUUCCAUCUUAGUGCAGAUGCCUUAACGCUUAUCCCCGCCCUGCUGAGUAAAGCAAAUUUAAAAAGCCGCUCUUAUGAGAGGAUAAAGAAUAUAUGCAUGUGUCUUUGCUACAUGAGCUGAUGAAAACAACCUCCUUGUCCUGCCUUUUUGAGCUUUCAACUAAAUAAAGAGUACAAAAAAAAAAAAGUCCCCAGCAAUGGAGGCGGCAGCCACCCGCUCGCUCGCUCGCUCGCACUGACACUCCAAACACAAUAAAAGCAACACGCAGUGAGCCGGGA